ACUUGUGCCUGCACCCUCCCCCUUUACCCACUCUACCUGCGAGUUCAAUUUUACAAAUUUUAUUUACUUUUACGCACAUUUUUAGACAUAUAAUAAACAUGUGGAUCUUGGAUAAACAUCGAAUAUCUUUUGGUUGGGGUUUGAUGUUGUUUGGACUUUUCUCCACGUUGCUUUGUGUUUCGGGGGAGACCCACACCUCUUCUCCCUCUGGCUCCGGGUUGAUCCAGGACUUACGGGCCGCGCUGGGAGAUCUGGCCGGGGUGGGGAGGACCUACCUGGGCGGGCUGUUCGGGGAACAAACGGUGCUCUCUGUUCAAAAGGCUUUCUCCAAUGUUUUUAAAGUUGUUGCAGAAAAUGUGGCCAGUGGACUCAAUGUGAUUCUUCAGUAUAUUUCACACUUAUUUGAAACAGCUGGAAUCAACGUGAAAAUACCUGCCCAUGUGACCCCAUCAGGAGUUGUUUUUGUGGUGCAGUGGAUCCUCGUAGCCAUCCUCACCUACUGGAUAAUUUCGCUCACCUUCCAACUUGUUGCCUCUACACUUAAACGGGCUCUCUGGCUUUUCAAAAUUAGUGUAGCAUUGUUUUUCUUUGUGCUAAUUUUAAGAGACUAUAGCGUUGGUACAGAGACGAUGGCUAUUCGAUUGACUGUGCUGGUGCUUGUUUGUGUUCUGCUGGGGGUGGGCUCCUCAGGGGGGUCCAGUGCAGCUGAUAAAACUGCAGAUUUAGAGGAGCAGGUGAGGAUUUUGGAAAGGCGGCUGAGAGAAAUGGAGAGGUGGAGGAGAAUAGAUGAGUAAGUUCUGGUUUCCAAAUGAUAUGACGACAAUCAAUAAGCCUUGAGUUUAAUUGAAAAAUUAAAUGAACGAACCCUAUAGGCCUUAUGAGAAUUUUAAAUAUGUAUGCAAAACUAAACACAAUCCCAGCCCUACUUAUGUUAUGCAGAUAAUGGACCUAAAAUAUCAUGUUUUUAUAUUAAAUGAUCAGUUCAGCAUUCAUCAUUUUCAUUUCUUUUUUUUGUUUUUUUGUUUCAAAUACCAUAUAAUUGAUACCUGCCCCCAAAUGGAAAAAAAAUCAUUAAAAUUGAGCCCACAUGAGUCAUAUCUCUGAUACAGUUUUAAUUACAGUAAUUCAAAGUCAAAUUUUUUAUUGUUUGUCAAAUAAUAAUAUAGUUUUGUACUCUUUAGGUAACUUGUCAUAAUUCCAGUCAGAACAGUUGUUUUACCAACUUAACCAACAACCCCCUCCGAAGUGUUCCCAUAGACUCAUAUGUACUUUAACACCUUUGAACAUCUCAGGACUUGUUUUGUAGGAGUAUGUUUAGUUUUAUUAUUACCCAAUGCCAUUUUCUCUUUACCUAUGUUGCUUUUGGAAAUGUUACUGGUGUUGAUGUAGUUGCUAUUUCUUUUAUAUGCCAUCUGCAUAGACAGAUGGCAACAUAAUCUGUUUUAAAAAUGCUGGAAUAACUUAGAAGUGCACUAUGUAAGUUUUCUGGUGACGGGGAGGGGGGUAAAAUCUUCAUGGUGAUAUUAUUGCUAAGCGUAGAAUACGCCACAGUAUAGUAUUUUAUCUUGCAUUUAUUCAGUGACAGGUGUUUAAAAAAUACCUGGGAAAAACUGGUGGCUGGUGGUGUCGUGGCAUCCCCUGCUUAUCGCAAUGGAGAUAGAUAUGAUUAAUGAUAUACUGUGGAACAUUCAAGAAACAUUCAAGGUUAAGCAGUGACAACUCCAUGGACUCUUUUUCAGAAAAUACACAUAUUGCACCUUCAAUAUCUACGCCGUAUGUGGUGCCUUAAAUCUUUUCAUGUAUCUCCAUUAGGUUAAAUGUCACUAUACUUGAAUACUUUUUUGUCUCUGUACUUUUUAUGAUGCAGUUUUAAUGUUUUGUGCUUUCAUUGCUUUCCGUCCAUUUGUUGUCCAAUUUCUAAAAGGCACUUUACUACUUAACUAAAUCUUGCAGUAUAUUAAAUGUCUUGUCUUUUUGUAUUGUGCCAUUUUAUUCUUAAUUUCCUCAGUCCUUCCAAGUGUUGUUUACACAGAAUAAUGUUGCAAAACCAAAGGGUAACCAAAUGGACAUGAGGAUAUUGUAUCUGAAAAUGUUUUAAAUAAUACAUAUUAAAUGCUUUCUUAAAAUUGUG